AUGGAGUCGGAGGCUUUUGAAGACAUGCAGAAGGGUGGUGGAGCCCUGCGUACCAUCAAGGAUUUGACCGCGGGCGCGGCCGGUGGUAUCGCACAGGUGCUUUUGGAUAUUGUCAAGGUGCGGCUGCAAACUACCACGCAGUACUCGAGCGCCCUCGACUGUGCCAAGCAGAUCUUCAAGAACGAAGGCCCUCUUGCCUUCUAUAAGGGAACAUUGACCCCGUUGAUCGGAAUCGGUGCCUGCGUCAGUGUGCAAUUCGGUGCCUUCCACGAGGCCCGGAGACGCCUUGAGGAGCUGAACAAGAAGAAAUAUGCCGAUGGCAGCCUCUCUUAUGGCCAGUACUACAUGGCCGGGAGUUUUGCGGGUCUCACCAACUCCUUCCUCUCGGGUCCUAUUGAGCACGUUCGUAUCCGGCUGCAAACGCAGCCCCACGGCGCGAACCGCCUCUACAGUGGCCCUAUCGACUGCAUCCGCAAACUCUCCGCCCACGAAGGCGUGCUGAAGGGACUCUACCGCGGCCAGAAUGUCACCUACUUCCGUGAGGCCCAGGCCUACGGUAUGUGGUUCUUGACGUUCGAGUACCUGAUGAACCAGGAUGCCAAGCGCAACAACAUCAAGCGCGAGGAUAUCUCCAGCGUGAAGGUCGCCACAUACGGUGGUCUGGCGGGUGAGGCCCUCUGGCUGAGCAGCUACCCCUUCGACGUGGUCAAGAGUAAGAUGCAGUGUGACGGCUUCGGCGCCCAGCAGCAGUUCAAGAGCAUGACCGACUGCUUCAAGAAGACCUACGCCGCUGAGGGGCUGGGUGGCUUCUGGAAGGGUCUGGGUCCUACUCUUCUGCGUGCUAUGCCUGUGUCGGCUGGAACCUUCGUUGUGUAUGUGUCCAUGUCUUGGCUGAUACAUUCUGAACUAUGGCUGACCUUUCUAGCGUUGAACUUACCAUGA